GCUAAUUUUAUGGCAUAUAAUUCUGGUCCUGGAGCACAGUGCAGCUACGCACGUCUUUCAAAUUCAAGUCAACAUCGUAACGAUUUGCCUGCCUUGAUAACUGAGGGCGAUUUUGGAUUUUCUCAUGAUAACAGUCUGGGGUCUGAUGCCGACACCGAGGGUGGAGCAUCUGCAUUAGAUGCCGGUAACAGUCAUCUUUCCGAAAUGAUGCCGGAUGUAGCUAUGGCUACGGCAUCGUUGGGGCAGCUUCAUUUGACAAAUAGUGGAUCUGGGUGUAUUUCCACUAGCACACGCGCAUCAAUUAUUAAUAACGAGGUACCAGAAAGCUUGCAAUUGGAUUUAGGCGAUGGUCCAAGCCCCCAUGUCGUUGGAACUGCAACAAGUAGUAUUACUAUACGUAAUAUUCAGCAACUGCCUCAAAAUAGUUACCACCAUUUUAGGCAUCGUUCAAAUUUACCCUUUGAUAUCCUGCGACAAGGGCAGGCCUCACCUACGUUGCAUCGCGAACAUUCCGGAAUGUUUAAUUCCGGUCCUCCCAGAUUUUUAUAGAGGCUGCAAAUUGGACUGACCAGGAAAAAUUAUUUAAGCAUGCCUUUCCGAGUAGAAUCCAAUAUAACUAUCCGCAAAGCAUAGAUAAUUAAAUAAAAUACUUAUAAAUUAUAAUCAAUUUCUUUUUAUCAUUGUAUGCAUAUUGAAAUAUAUGUGAAUUUGUUAACUCGUGUUGUAAA